CAUUUGCUGCUGAUGAAAUUGUGAACGGCCUCUGUUCUAGCUAGAUAUUGGCAACAUAUUUUGUAUGUUUGACACAUCUCGGAGCAUCUUCUGACGGUCAUCAUGUCUUUGGAGUGCGUUGGGAUGGUAAAUACAUUUCGAGAGGCCGGGAAUAGCUGAAGAAAUUUUAAGCAAACAGACUGAAUAUGUUCCUGACACAGGUGGAUGAUUCUUGGAAUAACGUUAAGUUAGCUAUCUUGGAUUCGAAACGUAUGGAGAAAAACACCAAACGCGGAUGUAAAUUAGAAUUAUUGACAAAACGAACAAAGUAACUUUACUGGGAAGAUUACAUUUGACAAAAUGUCCUCAUAGCCAGUCCAAUUUAGUUUCAGAAUCAGAGAUUGACCAUUUGGCUUGUUAGCUAGUUAACGUUUGCUAGCGAAUUAAAGCGUCCUUCAAGAUAUGGGGAUGUUUGGAAGCGUUAAGUCAAUGUUAUUAAACAUGUCAGUCGGUAAGCAAGCCCAACUAUUUCAAUUGGACAUGCCUUAUUUAAAAAGAGUCAAGCGUUGUUAACUAGCCAAGUUACCUAGAAAGCUAUUUAUUUACUCACUCCAAGGUUGGCGUAUUUUCAUCCACUGGCACGCACUGUCAAGUACAACGUAAAUCGCAUUGGCUAAAAGCUAGCUGGCUAGCCUGUUACAAUGGUCACACUUUGCAACCAAAUUGUGGAUAACUUUUUGGACCUUGUUAGCACAUGUUAACUAUUUAAAAUAACUUUAACGCGUUCGUGGUAUUUAUUGCAUCCAAUUUAUAACAUGUUAUGCUAAAUAUUUUCUAACUGAUGUGUUAGGCAGUCAGUUGUGUAAGCAAGAAGGUCCCCUCGCGUUAGUCCCAAUGCAAUGAAUGAGUGUUUUAGAUAACACGCUAAAUUGAUCAAGUCACUUACUAUUACAGGAACUCAUGUUUUUGUGUGUGAUAUCGCUUCACGUUUUUUUGUGACUCAUAGCGACCUUUUAUGACGUUAGCCUGUUGUUGCCUCAUUAAUAUGUUGGUUCUUAGAACAUUUCUAUUUAGUUUUAGCGCUAUUUUGAUAAGUCACAUGUCACCAAUGUAUUUGUUGAAUUCCAAAGUACAAAUCAAAGAUAAUAAUUCUAUGGAAUUAAUUAUAAAUUAAUCUGAAAAUGCAAAUUUGUCUAGUUGACAACAUUUAAAAAGUGCAUGCUUAGACGGGGUAAAUGAGUCGAGGAUCAUUUAGGCAACAACUAGGGCAAGUAGACAAAUCAAUAAAUAUGGGAAGUACACUGGUUUUAAGCACUAAGGUGUUUACACAGUGCUAACAUGUCAUAAAUUCAAAACGAGUCAGUGAAGGCAGGUGUUUUAUUUACCAUCAUGCAACAUCUGCCCAUGGAUCUCGUCAAGGACGUUGUCUACCAUGUGUAGAAUAACAAUAUUGAAAUUGAGGAAGAAUUGGAUGUUUGUUUUGAAAUAAAUUAUAAUUUUCUAGUUUACUGGGGAAUUAGCUAUCUACUCAAAUGGAACAUACUCUGAUGUCUAGCCCUCUGGGAUAUUCAGAGUGGGAUUCAGAAUGCAUACCCUCCCACGGAUUCCUCCUCGUGGAUUCAGACAAAGGAGCCAUGCUGCCUCAGAGAGAAAGUGAUCAGACAGGUUUGGAUUUCCAGAAAGUCAACCAGGGUGUAUCUCUAAGCCUGGAAGAGCUUUUUCAGGAGAACGCCUUAAAUUUAGAUAGCCUUUUCAGGACCUCCACUUACUCUGGUGGAGACCAGAUCUUGCCCUGGGAGGGAUGUCAAUCUAAUCAUUCCCAAGAUGUCCCCCUGGGUAAACCAGCAGAGGUAUCGCCUCUCAAAGACAACAUUGAGGAACAAAACAAUGUCAGUGACAGCCCACUACCUGGGCUGUUAUUCUCCAAAAUGGCUCAUUUGUUCAGGGACAUCUCAGCCUGCGAUGAACAAAAUCCACCUCUGGGUGACAGAGACCCUGUUACCUGUCACAGGGAGCUGAUAACCCUCAGUGAACAUCCUUCCACUGUGAAGGUUUCAGAUAGGACUCCAGAUACUAACGCUGAGGCGUCCUCUUUGUUGAUAGUUCACCUCUUAUCUGAACACUCCCCUUUUCCCUCCGGCCCUGCUCCUUCAGAUGAGGUAAACCCACAAGGUGUCUGUGAGAAGCUUUUAUUUCCAUCUCUGGAUCAGGACAGAGGCAAACCUCCUCCCUUGCAAGGUGGGGAGACUGUGCCACCUGAAAAUGGGGACAAAGGUUUAUUCCUAGGACCUGUGACUAAUCGGCCCACAGUCAGUAACAUUACCUCAGAAGGUUUACUUGAGAGCAGCCUCUCACACAACACCAUCCCUUUUGACCGCCCUAGCCUAUCUCCAGAGGUUCAGGUGGGAUCUGUGCCUUUGCUGGAUCUGGAGGUUCCCGACUGUGGCCCCAGCCUCUACCCUACUCAUCUCGACUCACCUACCUGCACAGGUGCUCCAUCGGAUUCAACUGCAGAGGAUUCAGAGCAGGAACACACGUUGGCUACUACAAUCCUGACUCUAUCAGACCACAGAGGUGAGGGGGACUCGGCCCUCCUUCUGAACUCCUCACCAUUGAUUGAACCCCUGUUGCCAAAGGUACUCUCUGACAGAGAUGCUUCGAUCCUGGGUCACCUGCCCAGUGGCUGUAGCUCAGAUAAAAAUGGCUCCCAGGAUUUGAUGGAAGACAAAAUUAUCUUUGAUGUUACUAAACACGAGGGAGAGGAGAAAAUGGCUCUGGAUCAGUGCAAUACCUCAGAUGCGCUACGUGAUGAGGAAACUUGGGACUUGAAACUACCCGAGGCUAUACAGGGUGACUGUAUUCCUGCUUUACAAACUGAACAGAGCGAUGAGGUAAGGUUGGCAGACUUGGACCUAUUUGCCAGAACCACAGAUUGUCACAAACAGGAUAGUUUUGAUGGCCUGGUGCUGGAGAUGAAUGGUUCGUCUUCUGAGUCUGGAUGGACAAGUGAACAAGCAGUGGAGAAUCUGUCACUCUCUAAGAUGGUGGGGUCUGACUCCAUGCCUGUGGUUCCCAUAGUGAAUCGGAGAGAGGAAGACCCGUCACCUCUGAAGGUCGUGUUUGAUGCUCUGGACCAGGAUGGGGAUGGAUUUGUACGCAUUGAGGAGUUUAUGGAGUUUGCUGCUGCCUAUGGGGCUGACCAGGUGAAGGAUCUGACCAAGUUUCUGGAUCCUAGUGGGCUGGGGGUGAUCAGCUUCGAGGACUUCUAUCGAGGAAUCACGGCCAUCAGCAAUGGAAGUACAGAGCCCCAGCUCUACGAUGUGCACUUCAGCCCAGGGGACGGAGCAGUGGGCUGCCCAGAGGAGUACGAUGAGCAGAACGAGGUGACGGAUAGUGCCUACCUGGGCUCGGAGAGCACCUACAGCGAGUGUGAGAUGUUCACCGACGAAGACUCGGGAGCCCUAGUCCAGCCAGAGAUGCACGAGGAUGUGGAGACGGACAGUGGCAUCGACGCAACGCUGCACGACCCCGAGGACAGCCACAACAGGUUCUCCUUGAGCUCAGAGCUGCACAGCCUCUCCCUGGUGACAGUGAUCGGCAGGGAGGAGGAGCACUUUGAGGACUUUGGGGAAAGCAACACCUCGGAGCUGCUGCUGGACACCACUGAGGAGGGGACAGAUGGAGAGGGAGACUCAUCCCACCUCCAGACUCUGGACCAGAACAACUGCUCCUCCCUGCUACUCUCUCCCAGCUCCAGCAAGAGGCUGUCCAGCAAGAAAGUAGCACGACACCUCCGGAACAGCUCCAUGACGCUGGACAGCAUGGGCGAACUGUCCCGGGACAUACUGGAUCUGGCCGACACCGACAUCACUGAGAAGGUGCUCCUGCUGGAGCGUCGUGCAGCAGAGCUGGAGAAGGACUCGGAGGCCAGCGGGGAGCAGCACACACGGCUCCGCCAGGAGAACCUGCAGCUGGUGCACCGGGCUAAUGCCCUAGAGGAGCAGCUCAAGGAGCAGGAGCUCCACGCUGAGGACCACUUCCACCAGGAGACCCGCCGCCACAAAGACGCCCUCUCCAAGCUGGAGCGGGAAAUGAGCCUGGAGCUGGAGAACCUGCAAGCUAGGCUGCAGCAGCUGGAUGAGGAGAACAGUGAGCUGAGGUCCUGUGUACCCUGUUACCGUGCCAACAUUGAGAGACUAGAGGAGGAGAAGAGUAAGCUAGAGGAUGAGUUGGAGGAUGUGACUGAGAGGCUGAACGAGGAGCUGGAAACCCGCAGGAAGACGUCCGACAAGCUGACCCACGAACGCCACCAAAACCAGAAGGAGAAGGAGCACACGCAGAAGCUGAUUGAGGACCUGCGGAAGCAGCUGGAGCACCUACAGCUGUACAAGCUGGAGGCAGAGGCCAGGAGGGGGCUCUCUCCCAGUGCCGGGCUGCAAGAGUACCAGAGCCGCACCCGUGAGGCCGAGCUAGAGCAGGAGAUCCGACGCCUCAAGCAAGACAACCGCAGUCUGAAGGAGCAGAACGACGAGCUAAACGGCCAGAUCAUCAACCUGAGCAUCCAGGGAGCCAAGAACCUGGUGACGGCCUCCUUCUCCGAGUCACUGGCGGCUGAGAUCAACUCUGUGUCCCGGGGAGAGUUGAUGGAAGCUAUCCGCAAGCAGGAGGACGUCAACUUCCGACUACAGGACUACAUCGACCGCAUCAUUGUUGCCAUCAUGGAGUCCAACCCCUCCAUGCUGGAGGUCAAGUACUAGAGAUGGCCAUUUUGGAACAGGGUAGCCUGGCGGUCUCUCCGCCUCACUGGACUGCCAUACUGGGAGAGACUGGCUAAACACUUAAAGACUGACUGCUGGGACUGACCACAAAUAUACAGUACCAGUCAAAAGUUUGGACACACCUACUCAUUCAAGGGUUUUUCAAAACUAUGAAAUCACACAAAUGGAAUCAUGUUGUAUGUAAAAAAAAAAGAAGAGAAAAAAAAGAAGUGUUAAACAAAUCUAAAUAUAUUUUUGAUUUUAGAUUCGGCCUUGAUGACUGCUGUGCACACAUUUGGCAUUCUCUCCAUCACCUUCAUGAGAAAUGCUUUUCCAACAGUGUUGAAGGAGUACCCGCAUAUGCUGAGCACUUGUUGGCUGCUUUUCCUUCACUCUGCGGUCCAACUCAUCCCAAACCAUCUCAAUUGGUUUGAGGUUGGGUGAUUGAGGCCAGGUCAUCUGAUGCAGCACUCCAUCACUCUUCUUUCUCAAAUAGCCCUUACACAGCCUGGAGGUGUGUUGGGUUAUUGUCCUGUUGAAAAACAAAUGAUAGUCCCACUAAGCGCAAACCUGAAGGGAUGGCGUAUCGCUGGAGAAUGCUGUGGUACCCAUGCUGGUUAAGUGUGCCUAAAAUUCUAAAUAAAUCACUGACUGUCUCCAGCGAAGCACCAUCACACCUCCUCCAUGCUUCACGGUGGGAACCACACAUCUGGAGAUCAUCCGUUCACCUACUCUGCAUCUCACAAAGACACAGCGGUUGGAACCAAAAAUCUCCAAUUUGGACUCAUCAGACCAAAUGACAGAUUUUCACCGGUCUAAUUUCCCGAGUGGCACAGUGGUCUAAGGCACUGCAUCUCAGUGCUAGAGGCGUCACUACAGACCCUGGUUCGAUCCCAGGGGUCCCAUAGGGCGGUGCACAAUUGGCCCAGCAUCGCCUGGGUUAGGGGAGGGUUUGGCCGGGGUAGGCCGUCUUUGUAAAAUAAGAUUUUUUUCUUAACUGAAUUCCCUAGUUAAAUGAAGAUUAAAUAAAAAAUGCCAGUUACAUCAUAGCCCGUAAAGGCUUUUGCGACUGCAGUUGAAGAAACCUUCAGAGUUCUUCAGAUGUUCCGGAUUGACUGACCUUCAUGUCCUAAAGUAAUGAUGGACUGUCAUUUCUCUUUGCUUAUUUGAGCUGUUCUUGCCAUAAUAUGAACUUGGUCUUUUGCCAAAUAGGGCUACCUUCUGUAUACUACCCCUACCUUGUCACAACAUAUCCGAUUGGCUCAAACGCAUUCAGAAGGAAAUCAAUUCCACAAAUUAACUUUUAACAUGGCACACCUGUUAAUUGAAAUGUAUUCCAGGUGACUACCUCAUGAAGCUGGUUGAGAGAAUGCCAAGAGUGUGCAAAGCUGUCAUCAAGGCAAUGGGUGGCUACUUUGAAGAAUCUCAAAUCAAUUUUGAUUUCUGUAACACUUUUUUGGUUACUACAUUAUUCCAUUUUGUUCAUGACUACACUAUUCUUCUACAAAGUAGAAAAUAGUAAAAAAUAAGGAAAACACUGGAAUGAGUAGGUGUGUCCAAACUUUUGACAUGUAGUGUGUGUGUGUGUGUGUGUGUGUGUGUGUGUGUGUACACACACACACACACACACACACAUAUAUAUACAUAUAUACAGUUGAAGUCGGAAGUUUACAUACACCUUAGCCAAUACAUUUAAACUCAGUUUUUCAUAAUUCCUGACAUUUAAUCCUAGUAAAAAUUCCCUGUCUUAGGUCAGUUAGGAUCACCACUUAAUUUUAAGAAUUUGAAAUGUCAGAAUAAUAGUAGAGAGAAUAAUUUAUUUCAGCUUUUAUUUAUUUAUUCACAUUCCCAGUGGGUCAGAAGUUUACAUACUCUCAAUUAGUAUUUGAUUGCAUUGCGUUUAACUUGGGUCAGCCUUCCACAAGCCUCCCACAAUAAGUUGGGUACAUUUUCUAUAGGAUUGAGGUCAGGGCUUUGUGAUGGCCACUCCAAUACUGUGACUUUGUUGUCCUUAAGGCAUUUUGCCACAAUUUUGGAAGUAUGCUUGGGGUCCAUGUCCAUUUGGAAGACCCAUUUGGAAGCUUUAACUUCCUGACUGAUGUCUUGAGAUGUUGCUUCAAUAUAUCCACAUAAUGUUCCUUCCUCAUGAGGCCAUCUAUUUUGUGAAGUGCACCAGUCCCUCAUGCAGCAAAGCACUCCCAUAACAUGAUGCUGCCACCCUGCUACAACUGUGCUUCACGGUUGGGAUGGUGUUCUUCGGCUUGCAAGCCUCCCCCUUUUUCCUCCAAACAUAACUAUGGUCAUUAUGGCCAAACAGUUAUAUUUUUGUUUCAUCAGACCAGAGGACAUUUCUCCAAAAAGUACUAUCUUUGUCCCCAUGUGCAGUUGCAAACCGUAGUCUGGCUUUUUUAUUGCGGUUUUGGAGCAGUGGCUUCUUCCUUGCUGAGCGGCAUUUCAGGUUAUGCCGAUAUAGGACUCGUUUUACUGUGGAUACAGAUACUUUUGUACCUGUUUCCUCAAGCAUCUUCACAAGGUCCUUUGAUGUUGUUCUGAGAUUGAUUCGCACGUUUCGCACCAAAGUACAUUCAACUCUAGGAGACGGAACGCAUCUCCUUCCUGAGCGGUGUGACGGAUGCGUGGUCCCAUGGUGUUUAUACUUGUGUACUAUUGUUUGUACAGAUGAAUGUGGUACCUUCAGGCGUUUGGAAAUUGCUCCCAAGGACGAACCAUACUUGUCGAGGGCUACAUUUUAUUUUCUGAGAUCUUAGCUGAUUUAUUUUUGGAUUUCCCAUGAUGUCAAGCAAAGAGGCACUGAGUUUGAAGAUAGGCCUUGAAAUACAUCCACAGGUACACCUCCAAUUUAUUUAAAUAAUGUCAAUUAGCCUAUCAGAAGCUUCUAAAGCCAUGGCAUAAUUUUCUGGAAUUUUCCAACCUGUUUAAAGGCACAGUGAACUUCAUGUAUGUAAACUUCUGACCCACUGGAAUUGUGAUACAGUGAAUUAUAAGUGAAAUAAUCUGUCUGUAAACAGUUGUUGGAACAAUUACUUGUGUCAUGCACAAAAGUAGAUGUCCUAACCGACUUGCCAAAACUAUAGUUUUUUAACAAGAAAUUUGUUGUGGUUGAAAAAUGUGUUUUAAUGACUCCAACCUAAGUGUGUGUAAACUUCCGACUUCAGCUGUGUAUAUAUGUACUGUGUAUAUAUGUACUGUAUAUGUAUAGCUAUUUUAGGUGGGAAAAAACACCCCAAUUACCCUUAAAGAAGAUUUUAAUGGAAAAUAAAAUUGUCACUCUUUGUGGCUGUUAUCUGAGAAAAUAAGGUACGUGGUUUAACGUCCCUGGCAUUUGAGCUUUGCUUUUUGUGUGCUUGUCUGUUCCCCCUGAAUACAGUAGGAUUUGGUUAUGAUGACUUCCCUGAAUUUGGGUAGAGGGACCUGAGUUUCCCUUGUGUGUGCGAAUGUGUUUUCUAUGCGGGAACUCUUUCGAGAGUUGGACUGCAUGGAAGAGCUAGUUAACUUGUUGCUGUCCCCUUAAACAUAUUUUAGACAAUUAGAUCUUAUGAGCCUCAAUGCUAACAUGAUUCUAAAACAUGUCCUUCAACUACAUAUCAGCCGAUACCAUCUUUCACCGUGAGAUCAGUAAAUGAAUGAACUCAUGGGACGUUUUGUCCCGUUUCUCCUGUAUUAGACUGAACCGUGUUUAAACCACAUUUAAACAGUAUGAAGCACUGGUCAGGAGACGAGGUCAAAUUAAGUCAACCCUGGCUGCUCUCUUGAAUACAGUCUUGUGGUGCCGCCUACUACAUUAACCGUGUUUAUCCUGAUUUGACUUGGAUUUUCUUCUCAGUGUGAGUUAAGGCAACCCAGGUAAGGGAGGCCUUAACUCUGUUUUAUAAUGAAACAGAGUCCUAGGGAGUCAGGUGGGCUAAAUACUCCAAUAAGAGAACACUAACCCAUCACUUCACUCCCUCUAAUGUAACUUUGGGGUAGUUAAAAACGGACAAAUACAUAUAUAGAUACUGUACUAAAUGAUGCUCAUACUGACAUGAAAUAAUUGGAUGGUGUAACUUGGACACUAAAUCAAAUUGAGAGAAAAUGUUGCUCUGACUAGUUUGUAUUUUUGUAUUUGAGCUGAGUGCACUGGGAAGUGUAGUUCUUUGGCGUGUGACUGACCCAACUGAUCCUUAGUGGACUCAAGCUGAGUGAAAGCAAAAAGGGAGCCGUCUUAUCAAUUGGGAAGUACAUGUCUGGUCUGCUUGUUACCUAUAACUUACUUUCCAUGAAAUGUUGAUAAAAAAGCUGAAUAUAUUUGACAUGUUGAUAAAAAAGCUGAAUAUAUUUGUAAUGUUUUAUUGAAGGAAUGGAAUCGGUUGUACCUAAGACAAAAAGUAUUGUUUGUAAAAAAUAAAAAUAAAAUGUAAAAAGUUUAUUGUUAAGGAAUGUAAUCGGAAUUUGAAGAUAUCUUUUGCUUUAAGAUAACAUGAAUUACUUAAGAAUGCAAAAAUUAUUUGAAAACGGACUUGUUGCUUGUGGCUACCGGAGAGUUUCAGAGGUUAGAUCUUGUAACUCUCCCACAGCUUUUUGAUUUAAAGGAGUAGAAAAUGUUUAACACAUCGAUGAAGCAAUAACGUUGUGAAGAACAGUGGGGAGCGAUGGACAGACGCCACAUUCGGACGUCAACAAACGGACAAAACUCUCUUCUUUACUGUAAGAGCCUCAGUUGACUAAGCCCCAAUCUGAAUCUCUUGAACUUUUAACCACAUUUCUGAAAAUAAGCAAGAGGUAAUGAAAAUGGCAGGCUAUUGAUACAUAUUAUCAGUGCUGCCUAUUCACCAAUGCACUCUCUGACACGGUUGAGAUACUUGACAUAUUGAAGGAUAAUAUUGUUGCUGUCUCUUAACUGCUCGAACUGCAGACAACUUGUAGCAUUCUGUAUCAACCACGCAGCUAUACUAAAGACAAAUGCAGCCUCCUCCACCUUUCAUCUAUAAAACUCUUGCUCUGUCA